AUGUCAAAACCUAAAGUAUUAGUUGUUGGAUCUGGAGGUGUUGGAACUAUAUCAGCACUUGCAUUAACAGAAAAUAACAAAUCAGACGUGACAUUAGUUGUUCGAUCAGAUUAUGAAUUAAUUAAUAAACAAGGUUAUUCAAUUGAUUCAUGUACAUAUGGUAAAUUAACUAAUUGGAAACCACAUCAUCUUGCAAAAUCCGUACAACAUGCCCAAGAAGAAUUUGGACCAUUUGAUUAUAUUUUAUUAACAACUAAAAAUAUUCCUGAUGGACAAAUAACAUGUGAAGAAAUAAUUAAACCUGCAAUUAAAACAGGUAAUGAAGUUAUUAUUUUAUUACAAAAUGGAUUAGGUAUUGAAAAUCCAAUGUUUGAAGCUUAUCCUAACCAUAUUAUUCUUAGUGGAAUUACAUUAAUUGGUUCUACUUAUAUUAAUGGACAUGUUAAAAAUCCUGGUAAAGAUUUUGUUUAUUUAGGUGAUUUUAAAUCUGAAAAUAAUAGACAACCACAUUCACAAGAAAAAAUUGAAGAAUUUAUUAAAAUUUAUCAAAAUGAUGAUCCUUUUAAAAAUUCAAUUCAAGUAGACACAAAUGUACAAAAAAGAAGAUGGGAAAAAUUGAUUUAUAAUAGUGUAUUUAAUGUAAUUUGUGCAUUAACACAAUUAGAUAAUAAUAGAGUUCAAAUGAAUAUUGGUAAUGAAAGUUUAAUUCGUCCGGCAAUGUAUGAAGUUAUUGCAAUUGCUAAAUCAGAAGGAAUUGAAUGUGAUGAAAGUUUUGUUGAUAAAUAUAUUCAUAUAGGUGAUGGAUUAUUUUACACUCCUUCAAUGGCUAUAGAUGUUCAUAAAGAUCAAUUGAUGGAACUUGAAAUUAUUUUGGGUAAUCCAAUGAGAAUUGCUGAAAAAAAUAAAGUCUCAACUCCAAUAUUAUCUGUGUUAUAUCCAUUAUUAAAAUUGGUUCAAUUUAGAUUAAAAGAGCAGAAAAAAUUGAUCACUAUAAAUGAAGAUGAUUUUAGAGGUAAUUCCGAUGAUUAUCAAACCAUACUUGAAGAUAAAUAUAUUAAUAAGAAUAAACACUAA